AUGAGCUCCAGCUCCAGUGCCCUGGAUAAGCUGGCGCACGAAAUCAACACGUAUCUCGACAACACACAGGCGACCGGAAGUGGAGACGUGGGUCCCGUGCUUUUUCAUUGGGCCAGAGUACAGAUGGAGAUUCAUGAUUUGAGCCAGCGCAUUCAGCAAAAGAGCAUUGUGCUGGAAGACGGGGCACGAAGCUCAUUACAAGGUGCUAUGUGA